AACGAACGUUAAGGUAUAAACAAACGGAAAUCGUUACGGACUUUUAUUACCGGUUUAAUUUUAUUUUUCUUUUUUUUUCUAUUUUGUGAUUUUAUUCAAAAAGAGUUUUAAUGUUAAAAAUAAAAAUUAUGGAAUUAAUUUUAAAUAAAAAAGAAAUUUUCUUAACACUAUUUCUAUUAUUAAUUAAUUUCAAUAUUAUAAAUGGUUAUGGAUUUGGAAGAUGUCCAAAAUAUCCAUCAAUGCCGAAAUUUAAUAUGACAAAGAUUUUGGGUUCAUGGUACGAAGUUGAAAGAUCAUUUUAUUUACCGGAAAUAGCAUCUGGUUGUACAACUUUAACAUUUCAACCGGAAGCUGAAGAAUUUCGUUAUGGUGAUGGAUAUUAUAGAUUGGAAGUUGCAAUAAAAACAAUAAAUAGAUUAACUGGAACCCCUUCUGUAAGUCUUGGUUAUGCAAAACCAGAAAAUAGUAAAUCAUCAAUAAUGGAUUUUAAAUUUAAUACAAGAUUUCCUGAAAUAAUAGCACGUUUUCUACCAGGCUCCGGAAGAUAUCAAGUUCUUUAUACAGAUUAUGAAAAUUUUGCUAUAUUAUGGUCUUGUUCUAGUUUUGGACCAAUUGGACAUGCUGAUCAAAUAUGGAUAUUAGGACGUGAUAGAGAUUUUUCAGCAGAAAUAAGAAAAAGAAUUUAUGAUUCAUUAAAAAAAUUAGGUUUAGAUCCAGAUCGUUUAAUAAUUAGUAAAAAUAAAAAUUGUCCAACAACAUUAUAAACAAAAAUAUUAUUUUGAAAAAAAAAAAUAAAAAAAUAAAAUGAAAUAUUCUAAAAUAAGUUUAAUAUAAAACUCAAGACUGGAUUUAAUACCGAAGAAAUUUAAAAUUUAUAAAAGAAAAAAUAUAUAAUUAUGUAGUGUUCUUACAAUAUUGGAUAUCAUUUAAGGCAAAAGAAAAACAUUUAUAGAAAAAAAAAAUUUGUAUAAUUAUAAGAUUUAUCGUCAAAUUUUUUAAAGAAAUCAUUUUUUUUUUAGUUAUAAC